CUAAAAAAAAUUCCAUGCGAGUAACGUUUUCCCACAAAAAGAAGAACGACUUGCUUUUUUAGCGAGAAUCAUGCCUCCUUCGACCUCACCGAUGACACCACCUGUGAGUGCUGUUUACCAGUAACAUCACCUCCUUGUCCCUAUGUAUAUAUAGAAAGAAAAACUUGCCAAGCAUAAAAAAGAAAAGAAAAGUCAUUCUAUAUAUUUCCUGCCUUCCUUCUCGAAGACAUUUCUCUAUCUGAAGCAAGCACCAUGUCCAAGUCACCAGAAGAAGAACACCCCGUGAAGGCCUUCGGGUGGGCUGCUAGGGAUCAAUCUGGUCAUCUUUCUCCCUUCAACUUCUCCAGGAGGGCUACUGGCGAAGAGGAUGUGAGGUUCAAGGUGCUAUACUGCGGGAUAUGCCAUUCUGACCUUCACAGUAUCAAGAAUGACUGGGGCUUCUCCAUGUACCCUUUGGUUCCUGGGCAUGAAAUUGUGGGGGAAGUGACAGAAGUUGGGAGCAAGGUGAAAAAGGUUAAUGUGGGAGACAAAGUAGGCGUGGGAUGCUUGGUUGGUGCAUGUCACUCCUGUGAGAGUUGUGCCAGUGAUCUUGAAAAUUACUGUCCAAAAAUGAUCCUGACAUACGCCUCCAUCUACCAUGAUGGAACCAUCACUUACGGUGGCUACUCAGAUCACAUGGUCGCUAACGAACGCUACAUCAUUCGAUUCCCCGAUAACAUGCCGCUUGACGGUGGCGCUCCUCUCCUUUGUGCCGGGAUUACAGUGUAUAGUCCCUUGAAAUAUUUUGGACUAGAUGAACCCGGCAAGCAUAUCGGUAUCGUUGGCUUAGGUGGACUUGGUCACGUGGCUGUCAAAUUUGCCAAGGCCUUUGGAUCUAAAGUGACAGUAAUUAGUACCUCCCCUUCUAAGAAGGAGGAGGCUUUGAAGAAUUUAGGUGCAGACUCAUUUUUGGUUAGUCGUGACCAAGAGCAAAUGCAGGCUGCUGCAGGAACAUUAGAUGGCAUCAUCGAUACAGUUUCUGCAGUUCACCCCCUUUUGCCAUUGUUUGGAUUGUUGAAGUCUCAUGGGAAGCUUAUCUUGGUGGGUGCACCAGAAAAGCCUCUUGAGCUACCUGCCUUUUCUUUGAUUGCUGGAAGGAAGAUAGUUGCCGGGAGUGGUAUUGGAGGCAUGAAGGAGACACAAGAGAUGAUUGAUUUUGCAGCAAAACACAACAUCACAGCAGAUAUCGAAGUUAUUUCAACGGACUAUCUUAAUACGGCAAUGGAACGUUUGGCUAAAAACGAUGUCAGAUACCGAUUUGUCAUUGACGUUGGCAAUACUUUGGCAGCUACGAAGCCCUAAUUAAGGAGAAGAUCCCAUGUUCUCGAACCCUUUACAAAAUCUGAUAACAUGUGUUGUUGUCAUGAAUAAAUAGAUUAUCUUUGGGACUUUUCUUUAAUAAACGAUUGAGUGUUCUUGAAAACUUCACAUCGGCAAUACCCAGGCAGCUACGAAACGCUUUAGAAUUGUUUGUAAGUUUGUUUCAUUAGGCUGAUACCAUGCUCUCGAGUCCUUUGUAAGAUCCAUUUACGGUUGUGUGAAUGCUAUGAACAAAUAAUAUGUUUGCGGUUUCUCUUCAAUAA